CUGUGUAAUAACAAAUAAAAUAAUUUUUUUUUAGCAAUUGGACAAUUGUUGUUUACAAAACUCGCGUAGUCGUCCAGAUUAAUGUUUUAAAACCUUUGAAAAAAUUGACAUUUUCCAGUUGUAGCGAACCACUGUGUAAAGGGAUUCAUUUCGACAAUAAUGAACAUUAUUUAUUACUAUAGCAAUGCAUGUGAAAGCACCAUUUCCAGCUGGUUGCUAAGUAAAAGUGUUUGUCAUUCCUGACAGGUGGGUUUUCUGUCGCUUAUAAGCUACACUGUAUGUUAUCAGAGUGAAUCUAAUUUCGAAUUUCCCACGCAUCCAAAAGUUUUCGUGGCCGUAUCACUACAGCGAGCACCUCCAAGUCGAAAUGGAGGUUAGCGAAUACGAGCUUAACCCAUCAGCGAUUAUUCCACCCACCAAAUCUCUCUCCUCAAAGAAACUAAAGCUAAAGUCGGAGAGUAAAGAUGAAGACGAAGAUUAUCACCCUGGAACCAUUGUAAAAAAGAAGAAAAAACCUGCGAAAAUUGUAAAAAUAAAAAAAGAAAAACCCGACUCCAUAGAAAAGGUGACCAAGGCCAAAAAGAAGAAGAAACAGGAGCACAAACUGUGGACCUGCAGAAAAUGCCUUCAGGAGUUUGAUACUCGUAAAGGACUGACGGAACAUGGAAAAAUUCACAGCGAUGACACUCCUUCAGAGGACCACACUUUUAAGUACGAUGAGCAACAGGACUUGUACUACUGCAACACUUGUUCUGCCGAGUAUCAAACUCAGGAUGAAGUGGAGAAGCACAUUUCCAAAAUUCACGAAGAGUUUUACUCAUGCGAGGUCUGUACUCACACCUGCAAGAAGGCCUACUCAUUCGCCAUCCAUAUGAAGAGCCACUCGAGUGAUGAUAUGAUGGUUUGUCCUCUAUGCAGUUACAGUACCCAAAGGAGGACUUGUCUGCAAACUCAUAUCAACCGCGUGCAUUAUCACAAAUUUUACUAUACUUGUGGCACCUGCGGGAAGGGAUUCAAUGACUCGGUGAUUUACAAGGAGCAUAAUAAUGAGCACUUGGGAAUUAAGCCUUUUAUUUGCGUGGUCUGCGAAAAGGCUUUUUGUUACUCCAGAUACAUGAAUAUUCACCAAGUACGCCAUCACACUGUCUACAUCGAAGGGACCUUGCAUAAAACCCAAUGCAGCAUUUGCUUGAAGGUGUUUUCCAAAGUGGAUACUCUACUGAAGCACAUAACAUCCAAGCACAAAAAUGGAGACGACAGAAACGAAAAAAGGCACCUCUGUGAUCUGUGUGGAAAAGGUUUUGGAUCCAGCGAUAAGCUGAAGAUACACUAUCGGAUUCAUACCGGGGAAAAGCCGUUUCAUUGUCGGUUUUGCGAAAAAUCAUUUACCAAGAAGGAUUAUCUUAUAAUGCACGAGAGGGUGCACACCGGGGAAAAACCGUAUCCUUGUGAAUAUUGUGGAAAAUGUUUCAAUCAAGCAUGUUCCCUUAGGAUUCAUGUGCGGGGACAUACCGGGGAACGUCCCUAUAUUUGUCAGUUUUGCAAUGGCGGAUAUAUUUCGAGAGGAUCAUUGAAUUUGCACAUGAAGUCCUGUUCGGGUGUAAGAGGUGGAUAGAUUGGUAUUUUGAUUAAAAUUUUUUUUCGCACCAGUUGGUGUGAUUAGAUAAAUUAUAUGUUUUUUCUAGGCUAAUAGAAACUUGCAAUGUCAUUACACUGUUUAGCUAGUUGUUUUAAAUAUAUUUGAUAUUGUUUCAAUUGUUA